UGUAUAACACCAGUCGUCCAGAAUAGUGUAAUUUAUAAUAUUGCUUUAUAUUAUUCUGAAAGAUGAAGAGUCUAGUCAUAGUCAUAGCGAUUUUAAUCGAGAUGUGUGUAGUCACAGUCUAUUGUAAACAGAGCUGUGGCAGUCACGCUUCUUGUGGUGCGUGUACCAGUUUUACUGAAGAUACAUGUGUUUGGUGUUCUCAGGCUGUGAUGACUGGGCGGCGUUGUGUGUCAUUGGCGGAAAUAUCAUCUCACAAAUUUGAUUGUCAAGAAAAACACCGUAUUUAUCCCACGACCGAAGUCAAAGUAUCCCGACCAGACCUCAAUUCAAAUGAUUUUCGUGGAGGCGAAGAUGGUAUUAAAAAAGAUGCUGUUCAAUUUGUACCACACAACUUGGAUAUAACCACCAGGCCUGGAACUGUUGUAAAUUUUGACAUGUACUAUAAACCAGCUAAAGAUUUUCCAAUAGACGUUUAUUAUUUGAUGGAUCAUUCUUUCACAAUGAUACAGCACACCGCAACACUGCAGCAAGAAGGCAAAAACCUGUAUAAUGAACUGAAAAGUUUCACUAACAAUGUUCGUUUUGGUAUCGGCAGUUUUGUUGAAAAACCAGCGCUUCCUUACGCUGAUCCGCAUAGGCACGUGGCGUAUUCAUUUCGUAAUCAUCUAUCACUGACCGACGAAAUAGAGCAAUUCGUCAAAGUCCUAAAAGACGUACCAUUUGGCGCUAACUAUGAAGACCCUGAAGCUGGUCUUGAUGCUCUGAUGCAAGUAAUGGCGUGCGAACCUGAAUUAAACUGGCGAAAAGGUGCAAGGCGCAUAAUUGUUCUUUGCACUGAUGGCACAUAUCAUAGUGCUGGAGAUGGCAAAAUGGUAGGCGCUGAUUUAACUAAUGAUAUGAAAUGUCAUCUAAAAGGCAAUUCAUACGAUGCAGAAUUGACCUUCGAUUACCCAUCAGUGAGCCAGAUAAAUAAAGUCGCUACUGAUGGCAAAUUUAUUAUAAUAUUUGCAGCAGUGGAAAAUAUCCAUGAAGAUUAUAUAGCUCUAGCAAACGCAAUCCAUGGAGCCAAAUACGUUGAAUUAAAGAGAAAGUCGAACAUUAUUGAAAUUAUUCGGAACGCGUACUUGGAAUCUACAAGAGUGAUGAAAUUAAGUUUGGAUCCAAACUGGCCAUUAAAUGUAAAAUUAUCUUUAAACCCUGACUGUCUAAAAACUGAAGACUGCAAAGUUGUUCAUAACCAAAUUUUACAAAUCCAAGCUAAUUUAACAGUUUCCAGCUGCGAUGGGCCCAGAAAGCCUGUACUGAAAAUAGGACCUGCAAAUUUGAUGGAGAGUCUUUCAAUUAAAUUAAAUGUUCUUUGUGAGUGUGAUUGUGAAAAGGGACCUCAGAAAAAUAAUUCUAAAGAAUGCAGCUCCAAUGGGUCAUACCAGUGUGGUGUAUGCAAAUGCAACGAAGGAAGAUCCGGCAGCUCGUGUCAGUGUUCUGGAGAGAACGCUGGAAUCAGCGAAUCUCACAAAUGCAAAGCAAAUGAAACUGACCUGCAUUUUUGCAGUUCACACGGUACUUGCAAUUGCGGCAAAUGUGAUUGUAACGACGACUUUUCUGGAAACUUCUGCGAGUUUGACGACAAGUCGUGUGUGAGGGUGAACAACCAGUUGUGUGGGGGCCACGGUCGAUGCCACCUGGGCAAGUGCCACUGCACCCAGAACUGGGAAGGAGACGACUGUAGCUGUUCCGCCGAAGUCUCAGGCUGUAUUAACCCCUACACUAACAAUAUAUGUUCGGGCAAAGGCAAAUGCGUUUGCGGCGAAUGUGUUUGUGAAAAGGAAAGUAAACAGAAAGAGAGCCACGGUGGAGCAUUCUGCGACAGUUGCGAAGAAUGCUCCGAGAGGCGAUGCCAGGAGUUGGAGACACAGGUCCACUGCACCUACUACCAUACCACCUGUAACAAAGACUAUGAUGCUGUCGUCGAUGUCGUCAACAGAACUGAAAUCAACUCGAAACAGCGACAAGGGGAGUGGUGCAAGAAAACGCUAGAAAAUGGCACUUGGAUUGUGUUCAGACAUUACUAUGAUCACACAGAUCGUAAAAUACAUGUCAUUAUUCAAGACCAAUUGGAGGCACCUCCUAAAGCUGAUAUUUGGGUGCCCGUGGGGAUAGCCCUUGGUACAGUCUUGCUGAUUGGUUUGCUGACGGUCAUCAUCUGGAAGAUUCUGGUGGACUAUUACGAUGCCAAGGAAUACGAGAAGUUUGCUAGAGAAGCUCAGGACGCGGGCUACGAAAUCACCAAGAAUCCAUUUUACAUACAACCUGGGACGCAAUUCUCAAAUCCUGCAUUUCAGCAGUGAUACGAGAUGAUUUUAUGUAUUGAUUUCAGAUGUUUGAAAGAAUAGUCAAUUUGCCAUAGAACAAAGUAUAUUUUAGGGCUCAUUACUUUUUAAUAUUUUUAUUGUACAAAAAACAUACUAAAUCUACUAUUAUUAAUAAAAAAAAUGUCAUAUAUAUUUUUACUAUGGUUCAGUUAGUUAGGUAAGGAAUAAGAAAUACGAUUGAAAAAGACGUUGUUUACUUCUGAGCAUAGAUAAAAGAAUAAUUUUAUCUAUGCUUCUCCGUCUGCUCAAGUUUAUGUUCGUACUUAGAGGAGGAGGUUAAAUUGAAUUGUAUAACAAAUAUUAUAUUAUUGUUAAGAUAAUUUUAUUUGAAUUGCAUUCCUAUAAAUAGCUUUUGUUUUA